GGAGAAGCCGGCGAGCCAUGGGGCUCCGCGCCCUGCUGCUACAAACUGCUCUCCUUGGAUUCAAUGAACAUCAAAGCAUCUCUCUCUGCUGGAAUAUGUAUGCCAGGAUGAUCUAAUCCUCUGCAAACCAGCUUUUUGGAAAAAAAACAAAACAAAACAAAACAAAACAAAUCUAUUCUUCCCACAAUCUGAUUCCUUUAAUUUGUCUUGGUCCCACAUGGAAAACCUGAUUUUGAAUGUUGGUAUUUCCCACCUCUAAAUGUUCUGAACUGUGGAAGGAAAAGGAUGAGUUUUCACUGAAACACCCAGCUUUGCCUUUUUUUAAGUCCACCUGGGGAAAACAAAACUUCUUCCCCCACAGACAGAGGUUUGAGGAUGGGUAUAUUCACCCUAAGUCCUUGGUGCUAACAGGCCAGCAUUCCCAAAAGCCCAGCAACAUUUCCUUUUUGCCUUACUUUGGACCCUACAUUGGCUUUUGGCAGUCAGGACGGCAGACCUGGGGCUGGAAAGAUGGUUGCUGUAAGGAAAAGGAACGUGAAAAUGUUUACGUUCGCCUUUCUGCUCAUCAUGAUAACAUCAUUCCUGUUCAACUACAAGCACCAGGUGACCAUGACCACCUGGGACCUUAAGCACAUCAUCAUGCAGUUCUCUGAGCAAUUCAGGAAACUCAUCAAAUACCCCAGAAGACCGUGCAGCUGCACCACAUGUAUUUCGGAGCGAGGACAUUCCCUCUGGUUUGAUCAGAGGUUUAACCAAACUAUGCAACCUUUCCUGACCUCACGGGAUGCCUUGAUCCCAGAAGACAGUUACAGGUGGUGGCUGAAAUUGCAAGGAGAGAAAGGUCCUAAGAAUAUCAAUGACACUCUCAAGGAAUUGUUUGGAAUUAUUCCUGGAGAUGGGGAUCCACUUCAGGAACGGGACGUUUUCACAUGCAGACGAUGCGCCGUCGUGGGAAACUCUGGCAACCUUCGGCAGUCUCAGUACGGCCAYGACAUUGACUCCCAUGACUUUGUGCUCAGAAUGAAUCGUGCCCCCACUGCUGGCUUUGAAUCAGAUGUUGGCAGCAAGACCACUCACCACUUUGUUUACCCCGAGAGCUACAAAGAGUUGGCAGAAAAUGUGAGCAUGAUUGUGAUCCCCUUCAAAACCCUGGACCUGCGCUGGAUUGUUACUGCUCUCACCACUGGCACCAUCAACUUCACGUAUGUUCCAGUUCCAAGGAAAAUCAAAGUCAAAAAAGAGAAGAUCUUUGUUUAUAACCCAGCUUUUAUCAAGUAUGUCUAUGAAAACUGGCUGCAGCACCAUGGAAGAUACCCUUCCACCGGCCUUCUGUCGCUGAUUUUUGCACUCCAUGUAUGCGAUGAGGUAAAUGUGUACGGCUUUGGAGCAGACAGCAGGGGACACUGGCAUCACUACUGGGAAAACAACCCUUCAGCGGGGGCUUUCCGGCAAACAGGUGUCCAUGAUGGGGAUUUUGAGUUCAAUAUAACAUUGACUCUUGCAUCCAUUGAAAAAAUAAAUUUUUUUAAGGGCAGAUGACCUUUAUCGUGGGGAGAAAUGGGGACUGCAAUUUCCAGCAUGCAGCAGGACAGAAUUUAGUGAAGAAGAUCUGGAAGCCAACCAGGUUUAAGUGUCUGAAUCUGCGGUGGAUUUGGUGUGUCUGCACUGCUGCAGUGAUCACUGCACAGAGCUCGUCCAAAGACAGGGCCCCUGGCUGCACCUGAUUUCCUUCUACAGAUGGCUGGGACCUCACAGUCAGUUGUGGGGAUAAAUGACAUGCAGAAUCACUGCUUAGGCUCUACAGCUUAUUUCCUGAAUUACUGACGAAAAAUCCGCCUGUUACAAUUGAGGGAAACCUGGAUACAUGAACUGCUAUUUGAGCGUCCAUUCUUUCCUUGAGUAAGGCAGGAAGUUGUUGAAGAAAAAUAAAAAGCAGCUUCUGCGAUUUGACACCCACUAGGGUAGCUGUGAACAUCAUAGUAAGGAUUACCUCAAAGAAAUGAUUUCACUUCUGCUGUUGAUCUUCUUUUUGAACCAUCUCUUCARUUUUCUCUAUUACUUCUGGAUUCAUGCUGUAUUAAGCAAGAAUGUGAUGACGUUGCCUGGAGUAGUAACUCUUCCUUCUGGUGCCUCAGUCUGCAUUGAUAGGAUCUGAAAAUAUGAAUUGAAUCAUCUCUGAUCAUGCAUUAAUUAAUA